AUGUCGACGACCGUGGAGAAGAUCAAGCAAAUUGAGGAGGAGAUGGCUAGGACUCAAAAGAACAAGGCGACAGCGUUUCACUUGGGUAUGUGCAGGACAAAGAUAACAAUUCAUGUAUCUUGGGAGAGGAUAACUGACGGUUGUGAAGGUCAACUCAAAGCGAAGCUUGCAAAGUUAAAACGAGAGCUUUUGACCCCAUCCGGCGGCGGUGGCGGCGGAGGUGGUGUUGGUUUCGAUGUCGCUCGUACCGGUGUUGCCAGUGUUGGUUUCAUCGGCUUCCCCUCCGUCGGCAAGAGUACCUUAAUGAGCAAAUUGACUGGCCAACAUUCCGAGGCCGCCGCAUACGAGUUCACAACCUUGACAACCGUUCCCGGCCAGGUGCUGUACAACGGUGCGAAAAUUCAGAUUCUCGAUCUCCCCGGUAUCAUUCAGGGUGCCAAAGAUGGUAAAGGUCGUGGUCGUCAGGUCAUCGCAGUGGCCAAGACUUGCCAUCUCAUUUUCAUUGUCCUAGACGUCAACAAGCCGCUGCUCGACAAAAAGAUUAUCGAGAACGAAUUGGAAGGGUUUGGUAUCAGAAUCAACAAACAACCGCCCAACAUUGUUUUCAAAAAGAAAGACAAGGGUGGUAUUGCCAUCACUAGCACCGUUCCCCUAACACAUAUUGACCAUGAUGAAAUCAAAGCUGUCAUGAAUGAAUAUAAGAUUUCUUCUGCGGAUAUUUCCAUCAGAUGUGAUGCCACCAUUGACGAUCUAAUUGACGUCCUCGAGGCAAAGAGCCGAAGUUAUAUACCAGUCAUCUACGCUCUGAACAAGAUCGACUCCAUUUCGAUUGAAGAGCUAGAUCUUCUUUACCGAAUCCCCAACGCUGUCCCCAUUAGUUCCGAGCAUGGCUGGAAUAUCGAUGAGCUUCUGGAACUAAUGUGGGAGAAACUCAACCUCAGACGAGUCUACACGAAACCCAAGGGAAAGGCUCCUGAUUACUCGGCUCCUGUUGUCUUGAGAUCAAACGCGUGCACAGUUGAGGACUUUUGUAAUGCCAUUCACCGGUCGAUCAAGGAUCAGUUCAAGGUUGCCAUCGUUUAUGGCCGCUCCGUCAAACACCAACCGCAGAGAGUCGGUCUCUCGCAUGAAUUAGCGGAUGAGGAUAUUGGUAUGCUGCCCCUGUGA